AUGAAGCAAAUAAAAAGUCUCCUAGCCAUGGUGCUGGGAGUCAUUGAGCGUAUCAUCCAGUACAUAAUUGGCGUCGAUGACAAAAAGCUGUACUCACUAGACCAUGCCAUUCUUAGCAUGGAAGUUCCUCCUAGGAGCAUGUGGAUGAACAUGGGAUAUUGGAAGAAUACGAGCUCUUUCAUUAAAGCUUGCGAAGCUCUCUUAGAACAAGUCCUCAUCGCUGCAAAGCUCCUCAAUGAAGAUGGCACGCCCGUCCAAACACACCACCAGAAUAUUACACUGGUUGAUGUCGGAAUUGGCUGCGGCGACCAGUCUUUAUACCUAACGAGGAGACUCUCUCGGGUCAGUCCUGGCCCCGUUACUACUGCCUCUUCCAAUGGGCCCAAGACAGCUGUCGAUAAUGGUAGCGGUGCCCAGAGCGGCGAGAUGAGAAAGAGAAGAAGAGGGCCGAGUACCCACGAAAGCCGACCGCUGUUCGACUCAUACGUGGGCGUGACUAUUGAGCAAUCUCAAGCGGAUUUUGCCCAAGAAAGACUCUCAAAGGACAGCACAGGAGACUCCGGGGAAUCCGCAGAAUGGACACCAGAUGUGAAGAUCUUUGCCGCCGAUGCAGCGGACCCGUCAUCUUGGAGAGAGGAGCUGCAGCAAGCCGCCCUGGGAAACUCUGGUCGUGCUGCAAGCAAGAGUGAAGCUACUAGCAUGUAUACGGGGAGCGAGAAGACACAGAGAUGGCUGCUAGCCCUCGAUACAAUGUACCACUACAAGCCGUCUCGAGACCCGUUACUACAGUAUGCAUGUCGAGAUAUACAGGCUUCGAUCAUGGCAUUCGACCUUCUGAUCUCUGGAUCUGCGUCGUUCUGGGAAAAGCUAGUUUUACGAUCGAUGUGUCUUAUAUCUGGGAUGCCCUAUUCGAAUUUCCUUACGGAGCAGGAAUACGUGAAUAUGCUGGUCCGGGCUGGGUACCAGCAAGAUAUGAUUGAGAUGAGGGAUAUCUCAGAACACGUCUUCGCAGGCAUUGCGAACUACAUACGGAAACAAGACGCGGAGCUUAGGCGAUACGGAAUGACCGUGGGCAAGUUCAAGGGAGCCGCGAAGGCUUUCAAUUGGUGGGCAAGGACGGGGGUAUUGAGAGGGUUUGUAGUGGUCGCUCGCACCCAAGAGUAGGGAGGACAGCCUCGCACCGCGGCUCUUCGGCAAAACAGUCGGUUAUGUAUCCUAGAGCGUAGCAUGUGAAGACAUGUGUGUAACAUUAACUAUGCUAGAUGCAGAGAU